AUGCCUGCACCCAGACGAUCGACAGGCGGCGCCCGAGCCCGUCCCGGACCGACCAAGGGCCAAUCGACCAUCAGCUUCUCGAACCGCGUCACGAAACCGGUCCCCAAGGACAUCAAGAACUCCAUCAUUGUGCCUUCGCUGCAAAAAGUCGAUGCGCCGGCCGAGAAGGAGCUCGAGGUGGACGAAGUAGUCGCUGAACUCGAGGCCGAGGAGCCAGUCGAGGAAGACGAGGAAGAGGAAGAGGAAGAGGAAGAGGACGACGUGAUCGAGGAAGUCGUCGUGCCGGAAAAGACGCAAGCCGAGCUCCAGGCUGAGAAAUUAAGUGACGCGCGGAUUGGAAAAUACUGGAAGUCAAUCGAGGCCGAGCGCAUGGCGUCCCGGGUGCACCAACAGGGUCUGUCGCUCCACGAAAAGGUGCUGCGGUACUUUGACGUCAGCUCACAAUAUGGGCCGUGCAUUGGAACCCCUCGCAUGAAGCGUUGGCAGCGUGCUGAGCGUCUGGGGUUAAGCCCACCGAUCGAAGUUCUUGCCGUCCUCCUGAAGGAAGAAAACAAGGGCAACAUCGACAUCGAGACGGCGCACAUGGACAAAAUUUUGAACUCUGUGGUUGCUGCAUAA